AUGCUUUCAACGGACGCUAUCAAGGAGAAGAAACAGAAUGACUUCGCUAACGUUGACGCCGACAAACUCAAGCUAUGGAAGGUCGACAUUUCCCUCGAAGAAGAAAACGAAAAACUUAAGCUCGUCAACACAAAAGUAAACGUUAAUAUCAAGGAGGAGCUUGGUGGCGUGGAACUACUUCCACUUUCGAAGAUUAGCAAACACUUUCCUUCCCAACCAGCCGACGAGCAUAUACAUAUAAUCGUACAGCGUCCUGUUGAGACGAAAGAAGUUCACUGCACCGCAACUUAUUGGCGUAAGAGUGCGAAUUUUCAAUGGACAGUGACCCGAGAAACGGUGACGUUGGAAGGUUUUAAGAAGAAGCUUUGUGAAUAUUUCACGUUUCCGGAUGGGACAGAAAACGAGCAUAUCGUAAUAGGUCGUGUAGUAGGUGGUGCCGGUUUGAAGAGAAAAAUUUCGACAGGUAAAAUGCGUAAAAAAUUAGACCAGGCAAGUUCGAGUUCCCAGAGUGCAAGUGAUACGGUUGAGAUUGUGACAGAGCGUAAAGUUAUUCAGUUUUCUGCUGAUGAGGAUUUAUUGAGCAUUAUCUGGACUGUUGACCCCAAGGUGGAUCUGGAAAUAGUUGUGGAUACGUCGCAACAACCUUUCUCUUCAUAUACUUUCCCCAAGAUGAAGGUUCUUUUCGGUUUGAAGGCUGAUAGCUAUGAUCAUUUACCAUGUAUUGAGAUUGGAAGUUCAGCAACUCCAGAAGAAAUCAGGAAUAUUUAUCCCCAGUAUGAAGUCUCUGGAAGUCAUGGAAAGGGACCCAUAGAUUGGGUGAUCAAAAUGGGAGACACAAUCAUUUCUGUAACUGAAGCAAAACGAGAAGAUAUUAACCAAGGUGUUGCCCAGAGCACUGUCCAAGCACAUGCAUCUUUGCAAUGUAAUCGCAAAAAACGUACUUAUGAUGAUGCUGAUUUAUAUGAAGGUGCAAUGUACUGCAUUGUCUCAACGGUUUUUUUGUGUUCGCCUACGCCUACACCUCUACCUAUCAACUACCCAUCAUUAUCCUACGAUGACCUAGUUGGACCUAUCGAGAAAUUAUUUGGGCAAAUCAAAUGGGUUUUUGAUCAGCAAAAAUCAUCAUUGGUCGAUGGAAAGCGGGUAAAAACAGAAUAA